GCAUGCUUCUGCAUGUCGUGCGCCCGGCAGAGCGUCUGCCUCCGGCAGGCAGAAAUCCAACUGGUGCGACGCUCCCCAUCGCAGACUGCGGGGAGGCGUCGCCUGUCCUGUUGCAUUUCUGCCUAGCUGAAGGCGCAGGAGCUCUGCCAUGCUGGGAAGGGAGGAAGAGCCUGUCGGAAUCCCAAGGUGUGGGGAGCCCGCCUUGACUAUGGCGGUAGUUUAAAUAAGCAUAUUGUGUUUCUUGGUACGGCCGCGCAUCAGGAAUGUGAAAUAUGUGGCUGACAUAGUAAAUGCUGAUAAGGCAGCCGGCCGGAUCCGCAAGUACAAGAUCAUCUUCAGCCCUCAGAAGUUCCACACAUGUGAGAUGGUGCUGGAGGAAGAGGGGAUCUAUGGGGAUGUCACCUGGGAUGAGUGGUCUUUCUAUCUUCUCCCUCUGGAUGAUGAUAUCAUCAGCAUGGAGCUGCCAGAGUUCUUCCGAGACUAUUUCCUGGAAGGCGAUCAGCGCUGGACUGGUGCUGUAGCCCAGGCACUGCAGCUGCUGAGCUCCCUCUUUGGCCCGUUCACCAGGACCUAUGGGAUCGGGCGCUGCGCCAAGAUGGUCCAUGAGCUCUGGCAUGAGGCCAUGGAGGAGAGUGAGGCUGACAAUGUGGGCCGGAAGCCGAUGGGCCACAUCUUCCUCAUAGACAGAGAUGUGGAUUAUGUCACGGCCCUUUGCUCUCAGGUGGUGUACGAAGGCCUGGUGGAUGAUAUGUUUCGCAUCAAGUGUGGGAGCGUGGACUUCGGCCCGGAUGUCACAUCUUCCGACCGAAGCAUCAAGGUGCUGCUGAACGCCCAGGACAAGGUGUUCAGCAAGAUCCGCAACGAGCACUUUUCCAGGGUCUUUGGCUUCCUGAGCGAGAAGGCGCGGAACCUGCAGGCGCAGUACGAUCGACGGCGUGGGAUGGACAUCAAGCAGAUGAAGACCUUUGUCUCCCAAGAGCUGAAGGGCCUGAAGCAAGAGCAUCGCCUGCUCAGCCUGCAUAUUGGGGCCUGUGAGUCUAUUAUGAAGAAGAAAACUAAGCAAGAUUUCCAGGAGCUGCUGAAGGCAGAGCACACUCUCCUGGAAGGGUUCGACAUCCGAGAGACCAUUGGCUUCAUUGAAGAGCACAUCAACCGACAGGUCUCCCCCAUUGAGAGCCUGCGGAUGCUGUGCCUGCUGUCCCUCACAGAGAAUGGGCUCGCCCCCAAAGACUUCCGCUCCCUGAAAGCCCAGUACCUGCAGAGUUACGGGCCGGAGCACCUGCUCACCUUCCACAACCUGAAGCGCCUGGGGCUGCUGACGGAGCAGGUGCCGGGGGAGACACUGACCGCCGUGGAGAGCAAAGUCAGCAAGCUGGUGACGGACCGAGCUGCAGGGAAGCUCUCGGAUGCUUUCAGUUCCCUGGCCAAAAAGAGCCAUUUCCGGGGGAUAAGCAAGAAGCUGGGCCUGAUCCCGCGUGUGGAUGGCGAGUACGACCUGAAGACGCCCCGCGACAUGGCCUACGUCUUCAGCGGUGCCUACGUUCCGCUGAGCUGCAAGCUGAUAGAACAGGUGCUGGAGCGCAAGAGCUGGCUAGGCCUGGAGGAGGUGGUGCGGCUGCUCGGUGGCAAUGAAUUUGUGGUUACAGAUGCAGCUUUGGAGGAGAAUCCUGCCUGUGAGUCCCAAAGAGUCGUUCUGGCGGUCUUCUUAGGCGGUUGCACCUUCUCUGAAAUCUCAGCUCUUCGCUUUCUUGGCAAAGAAAGAGGGCUCCAGUUCAUAUUCCUGACAACGGCCAUCACCAACAGUGCUCGGCUGCUGGAGUCCACGGUCGAGACGAGGGCGUGAGGGCCGCUGCAGCCGACCCACCCGCAAGGACCCGUCCCCGCGCGAAGGAGGCCGGCCGGCCUGCCUGCCUCUGGCCCCGGCGGCCAGCGGCUGUCCCGCCCGCGUGGCGUCGCCUGCGUUGAAUAAAGCUUUGUCCGGCC